AAAAAAAAUAAAAAUCUGUCAUUUAAAGUGCCCAAAGACUCGACAACACCAAGGUUGGCGGAAUCCCACUCCUACGAUGCCCAUCCCGGCUUUGGCUCCACCCGGAAGUCAGUCUAUACUAUAGUUCUAUGUUUAUUUUCCAUCAUGACAUCACAUCCUGGAAAACCGGGCGGACUUCCCCCCUCCCCGCCCUCCAGGAAAGAAUUCCGGAGUCGCCGGCGCCUGGGGUCGCCAUGGAGACGCUCGAGAGCCGCCUGUCUGUCUCCGAGACCCUGGAGGCCUUGAACGCUGCUCUCCGAGGAGAGGCCGGGGACGAUGCUCGCGGCCCGGUCUGGUUCAAGGAGAGCAGCGCCCGGAACUUACGUAGCAGGGAUUUCCUGGCUCCGCAGGCUGCCCUGAUGGCGAUGUUCGCGGACGGACAGGUAAGGGGGCGUGUCCUUCGCGAAAAGGGGGCGGGGCUGCCUUGCCUGUAUCCAUUUAUUGGUAUGCAAAUAGUUAAUUCCCCUGUGAGGUACCUGCCACCUCCAGCUGUCAGGUGGUGCUUUGUGAUUUACUAUCAUUAUUAUUUCUGCAUUACAGGGGGUUGGACUAGAUGACCCUAGGGGCCUCGUACAACAAUUCUAUGGUUGUAAUAAUAAUAAUAAUAAUAAUAAAUUUAUUAUUUAUACCCUGCCCAUCUGGCCGAGCCUCCCCAGCCACUCUGGGCUGCUUCUAACAGAGUAUUAAAAACACAAUAAAACAUCAGACAUUAAAAACUUCCCCAGCCUUCAGAUGUCUUCUAAAAGUCAGAUAGUUGUUUAUUUCCUUGACAUCUGAUGGGAGGGUGUUCCACAGGGCGGGCGCCACCACUGAGAAGGCCCUCUGCCUGGUUCCCUGUAACCUCACUUCUCGCAGUGAGGGAACCGUCAGAAGGCCCUCAGAGCUGGACCUCACUGUCCAGGCUGAAUGAUGGGGGUGGAGACGCUCCUUCAGGUAUACUGGGCCAAGGCUGUUUAGGGCUUUAAAGGUCACCACCAACACUUAUCACUCCAUAUUUUAUUUAUACUCCUCUUUCCAGGUAUCUUAGAGAAGACUUGACUGGAGAAGUCACCUACUAAUUCUUUCCCUGCAGCAGAUUAUUUUAGUGAUCUAGAGACCAGGUUUUAAUAUGUCACCCACAGCAUUUUAGCUUAGAAAGCGCAGCUGUGAUCUAUUUGUGCUUGAAACUUGGCUUGGCUUUUUUUUUUUUUUAAAUCUAACUACAUGGUGAACUGCUUUGUUUCUGCUCCUGAACAGCCCAAACCAGGAGGAAGCCGACGCUCCUUGACUCUUCUGCCUUUUCUUGUAUCACAACAGGUUCCCGAUGGCGUUGCUGAGAGUGUGUCUUCACUUAAACGCCCAGGGUUGCCACCCAUCCGGAGUUGCCAAAAGAGCCCAGCUGGACUGACUGUGCAGUUAGAGAGGCCUGCUGUCUUUGAGCAGAUCCUGAAAGCCAUUCCUGUGUACGCGGAGCCCCCUCAGACUGCCCAUGGGCACAGCAUCCUCCUGAACUGUGUGCCCCUGCACAGCUGCAAGGGCCUGAACUUGCUGAGUCUGAGUCACCUGAGAGCCAUCCUGGUCACUGACCACCUCGCAGGCACACUCCGAGCUCAAGGGUUAGUAGAUGCAACUCGAUGAACCUAUUCUAAUUGUCAAUCACGGAUCCAGGAACAUGUGUGGCUUUCUUAUGUGUUUAUUACAACUUUACACACAAUGAGAAGUAGAUGCAACAAUGUUCAGUGGGGCUGACUUCUAAGUAGGCAUGCCGACGAUUGCAGCAUUUGUCCUCCCCACAGUUCAAAGCUGUGUCCUGGAGAGAACAGUAUUGUCCUUUCUAGGACUUCAGCAACAUUCUGAGAAUCUUACCUGCUUUUUAAGAGAGCUCUUGGUUCUAGCCUUCAUUUCUGUGGAGGAGAAGUUCAGAUUUGGAAAGCAGUGCUCUGCCGUCAAGCCUUUAAAUACAGCACUCAGGUCAUCAGUCCAUACUGGACCUUUAGCUGUUCUUUGUGUAGAAUAUGGAGAGUUUUUCUUCUGCUCACUUUGACAGUUGUAUGGCCAAUGUUAUGUGUGGUUCUUUGCCUUUCAGGAUGGAUGUACACCUGGUCCCAUCUUCGGUUGAUGAGGAAAUCCAUAGAUUCUUGCAUCGGCUACGAGUUGAGUGGCCUUCAGGUUUGGAAGCCUCCCAAAGCCCUGAGGAUAUUCAAGCCAUGAAGGAAAACCUUCGCCAAUGUUCUCAUGCCACUUUUGACCAGACGGAGCAGAAUGCAUUUGUGUGCAAAGUGCAUUUGAAAGGGUUCCUUAAGGAGGAGCAGGAAGACUUGGAGGGCUAUGACCCUAAUGUGGACGUCUUUCUUGGUAGGCGCUUUAUUUUAUCGUUUUUAAACAGAUGCUUGCCUUAUCCCUAAGACAGGGAUCUUUUUGUAUCUACCUUCACAACAAUGUAGGUUGAGGAUUGAGAAGAUGACUUGCCAAGCUAAUAUGGGAGCCUCUGUGGUGUAACGCUUAGACUUAGAGUGUUGGACUAGGGGACCUGGGAGAAAAAGGUUUUAAUUUUUACUGAGUGACCUUGGGCCUGUCACUUUCUCUUAGCCUAACCUAUAUAAAAUAAUUGGAAACCCAGUCCAAUGCUGUUAUACCAAGUGACCUGACGGGUGUUUUUAUCAAGGAAAUAGCUGUGCCCGGAUCAUGGUUAAAUUAGUUCCACUUGGUUGCACUAAGCCCUAGGAAACAAGAGCUCUAGAGCUGCAGAAGCAGACAGAGCAGAAACUGAACCUCCAUCACACAAUAUUUCUUGAGAGCCAUUGUGGCAUUGUGGUUGGAGUGCUGGACCGGGGCCUGAACCAGGGUUCAAGUGCUAACUCAGACAUGAAAAUCACUGGGUAACCUUGGGCCAGUUACUGACCCUCAGCUCAACCAACCUCACAAGGUUGUUGUGAGGAUAUAAUGGGUUGGGUGGGCGCAUGGGGACAACCAUGUAUCCCACCUUGAGUUGUCUGUAGGAAAGGUGGGGCUGGGGCAUUGUUUGGGGGGGGGUUGUUGCUGUUGGGGUUUUUUUGUAUUUUCAUUUUAUAUUUUGUUGUGAUUUGCAUGGAAAAUUUUCAGCUUGGUUUUGCAUUUUUAAAAUUUAUCGGAUUAUGAGUACUUUUCUUACGUUAUAGUUAUGUAUUUUUUUAUAUGUUGUAAGCCACUUUGAGUGUGGUUUGAACUGUGGAAAGGCAGCAUGCAAAUAAAACUAUGUAUAAUAAUAAUAAUAAUAAUUCAUUCCUUUUCAGUGACAGAGGAAAAGCUGCGCCAUGUGGCUGAGCUGCAGAGUGUGGCCCUGCAGUGCACGGUGAGUAGACGGGUGAAAACCUUCAGCCAGGGGUGAACUGAGCAACCCCCUUGUGUGGUCUCUGCAUCUCAUGUGAGCUGCUGCUCUUUUGCAGGUGGCCGCACCAGUAAAGCACUGUUGCAUUGUGCAUGUGGUGAGCAGCGAGGAGGCCUUCCACCAGCAGAAGGUGGACUUGCUAUUGAGGCUGCUAGCCCCACAAGUGCUCACAGUUUCACAGGUGAGGAGUGCCCUUUCUUUCCAGGAUGGCCUACGGUACAAGCUGUGUGUAAAGCUCUUCCUGCUAUGUUGGGUUGCUGCGGGGUCAGAUUGGGACCGUGGCUUAGGGGAAGGGACUUUUACCUUUGACCUCACUGCAGCUCCAUUUGGAAUUUCCUCCUCCGUUUUUUUCUUUUUUAAGAAAGGAGGAAAGCUCCCAUUUAUGCCAAUUGGGGAGCUUUCUUUCUGUUGCAAAAAGCAGGCAUGUGGUGGUUGCGGGCAACUAAUGCUUUGUUAUCUAUUUUUUCCCUAGAAACACCUUGUCUGUGGGCCUGUCAAAGUCACUCGCUGUGCCUCUCCCAUGGGUGCUCUUCAGUAUUUCCAGUAAGUUGCUUCUCUCUGCCAGGACCCUUCCUACACAGGACCCUUCCGCUUCGCUAAUAACAGUGGAGCGGUUAUUUUUCCGCAAGGACAAGCUGCCGAUGAAAGCACGCUCUUGCUUGCGCUUACCUUCUGGGUUUUCUGCGCUUAUCUUUUGGUCGCUCAUGGAAAUCGCUGCAUUACAGCUGCUUAAUAAGCAGCUGGUUUGUGAUGCUGUUUCAAGCACUCAUACUUGACUUUGGACAAACAGCUUUGUUUCCAGAGUCCUGAGUGUGGUGGGGCUCCUGGCAUUGUGGUCCAAAAGAAUGCAUUCAGAAACUUUGCCGGUACAGUCAUACCUCUUGUUACGUUCGGUUCAGGUUACGUCUUUUCAGGUUGCGUCCCGUGGCGACCCGGAAGUACCGGAAAGGGUUACUUCUGGGUUUCGCCACUCAUGCAUGCGCAGAUGCUCAAAAUGAUGUCACGCGCAUGUGCAGAAGCGGCAAAUCACGACCCGCACAGACACAGGUUGCAUUCUGCUCAUAUUGUGAACGGGGCUCCAGAACGGAUCCUGUUCGCAACCAGAGGUGCCACUGUACUGAGCCUGCACAUGUGGAUGGGGUCUCUCUCCCCACCUUUUCCCACCAGCACUAGUAUUAUUCAGCAUUUGGUUUUGCACCCGUGGCACUGUAGGUAUGACAUGUUCUCUUUUCUGAGGGGCUGCAUCAUCUCCUUGCUUACAGGCUGCGGAACUCCCAGAUGUAUGAGGCUUCAGUGCUGAAAUAUGGAGACCUCUCUCAAGGUAAAAGUUUGUCUCUUCAUUUGUUGCGUGCUCUUCUGUCUCCUUGUUUCUGCUUCUGGGAGGUUUAGAUGUGUCCUAACAGCUGGCACGUUGGGAGUUGUUCUUCCUAUUAUUCUGAGUUUCUUGCCCACUUCAGUUGGAUGUCUUGCCCAACUGCUUGAAAAGGCUUUAUUAUGAGUCUACUGGGCUUUCCUUUUACCCUAUCGGACAGGGGAACCAUAAGCAUUUCCUCCUGGAUGCGCCCCAGCUCCCAAGUGGUCUCUUCCACCGAACGCUCCAGUUCCACUGAGCUCCUUUUUAAUUUACAGUAUUUAUAAAUUACUUAUCCAACAAAUUUAUAGCCGUGCUUUCCCCCGCCAUAAAGGAGUCAGUCAGAGCAGCUUACAGAAAUGAAAGCAAACGUUAAAACAACGGUUAACCCAGUCAUUGAAACAUAUCAAACUAAGAAACAGCAGCAAAAGAGAAGAGCCCUUAAGUGGCAAUAGAAUCAAAAGCUUCUUUUAAAAAAGGAAUGCUUUCAAUUAUCAAUGGUUUUGUAACUGCUGGUCCGUUUUUUUGGCUUCCUUCCUUUAGACGACUCCUGGACGGAAACAGUUGGUGUCUUGACAUCAGCUGCCAUCCGAUUUGAGAUGCUGAGCACGACCCAUCGGAACCAGGUAAGCGGAGGAGUCCCUUUCAGGUGUGCUGCGUUCGCAGUCAGGAGGCGAUUGGGUUGCUCAUGGGUGGAAGUGAUAUAAUUUCAGCUGCGUGGAACUGCUUUCUUUGGGACUACAACUCCCAUCAUCCCUAGCUAACAGAACCAGUGGUCCGGUAUGAUGAGAGUUGUAGUCCCAAAACAUCUGGAGGGCCGAGUUUGCCUAUGCCUGGUUUAAAACAUGACUCACGCUUCAUGUUGUAGCAGUUACCACUCCCUCAGUUUACUGUCCCAAGUUACAGCAGCUGGGAAUGUCUCACUCCAAAACAAAACAAAAGAAAACCCAUAACCCUUUCUUAACAGAGUAAUUAGGUGCACAGGUAUGGGGACAGUGGGCAGAGGCAUUGCGACACUGGGGAGUGUAGAUGAAAUUGGGGACUUAGGAAGAUAGCAAACUGGCUUAGAGUGAAUCGGAAGAAUGCAACAGGCAACUUUGGGCCAAGGGAAGGGGCUGGUGAUUAUCAUCACCUUGACAGAUGUGGAUGUGAUGGGCCAUGAAUAAAGGACAGUUGCAAAUGAACAGACAAAAUUAGCCUUAUGCAGGCGGAUUUGUCAGAAUCCCUCUCUUCCAGGAGGAGGGAGUCUGGGUUGGCCUGGGCAAGGCCACCCUUUCUGGAAAGUGGAAAUAGAUAGAUGGUGGCCGGUGCUCCCUUCACUUUCAUUCUUUGGAGAGGAGCACCUUGGUAGCUUGUAGGGGAGGCCAGGGCCUUCUUGGGAAUAGGGCUAGACCUGACAUUCUGCGCCUGCUUCCUCUCCCCCCACCCAGCAUUGAUUUUUGCAUCAUCCUCAGGUUCUCCUGGAUGUGGAGGAGACCAGCAUCUCCACCAAAGGGACCAAGAGUGGAGCCUUUGUGAUGUACAACUGUGCUCGGCUGGCCACACUCUUUGAAACGUACCAGCGGGCCGUAGAGCAAGGUGAGAGCUCUCCCCUCUUCACGCAGGCUGUGCCACAGCGGCCAUGAUUCUGUGAAUUAGUUGACAAUUGGCCUGGACCUUCCCUGAGAAGCUGGGGCAGUACUUAAGACGCCUGAUUCAGGAUUCAAGGAAACAACUUGAUUGUGGAGCUGUCGUGCUUCGUGCUUGUGGGGUCCCGUUGGUCCUGGGACUAGGAGCAGCCAGCCUGCCAUGGUUGUUAUCAUAAUGAAUUUUCUGGAGCAGGGAGGGUCCCUUGCAUUGGCCAGUGAUUUGUAGCAGGUGGCCAGAAACUAUGGAUCCUUGGCUUGGUUAAAAGCAUUCAGAAAGGUACCUGAUAUUAAAACUUUCGCCAUGUGUGGAAUUGUGACACUUUCCCCUUACACACACCCACACCCACCCACCCACCCACCCACCCCCCCCCUCCUGACUACAAAGGCAGACUUUGAAACUUGCACGCAGUGUCUCCCAGACUUAGAACCCAGAAGGGCAAAGUGGUAGCUCUAGCGGUUGAGGGAUGGUGUGCCCACACACUGGCUUCAGCUCAUUUCUACUCAGCGUAGACCUGCUGGAAUUAGUGAAUUUAGGUUAGUCAAGUCUAUUAAAUUCAGUGGGUCUACUCUAGAGCAGAGCUCGCAUUGACUAUAACCCUUUAUGUCUUUCUCCACGGCCCAAGCUCCUGUUCCCUUUUACGCAUUGUUUAUUGCUGCUCUCCCAAAAUGCCACGCAGCCCUUUAUUUUGCCCUUUAGAACUCCUAAAUAUUGCAGCUUCCCCACCCACUUUUUAGUUGCAGUUGGAAUCCAUUACAAAAAAACUGAGCAAACUUAGGAAUGUUGGUUUAAUCUGCAUGGCUAUCUGUAAUUGGCAGGUUUGCAGUUUUGCUGCAGGAAAUGUGAAUCCCCCGGUAUGGCUAUCAUUGCGUCCCCCAAAAGGCUUUUGCCUAAGAUGCUCCUAUGGUAACAAAUUUCUCCCAUCCAAUUCCAGGUCUGUACCCAGCCUUUCCUCAACCUUCGGAGCUGAACUACGCAUCUCUCAGAGAAGAGGUAAACAAAAGAAUACAGUCGGCGACCAUUUUAGGCACAUCCAAUUGAUGCGAGGUUUUCAGUGCGUGGAUCCUUUUGGACCUGGAAGAAGGCAGAACGGGGGCAGCGGGCAUGUAUACAUGCUCCGCUGACAAGCACAGGGGCCAGAAAUGGAACCCCUGUGUGAAAUGGUCACCACCUGCACAACGAUCCAGGCCUGCAGGGCUGCUCCUGUGGGAUCAGCUGGAUUUGUUGGGAACACAAACAUCAUUUGGCAGGUUGAGCCAAGUUAGGGCAACUGCUAGAAAGCAUGGAGGGGGGUCUAAAAUAUGCAGAGCCGGCCCACCCAUGAAGCGGGGUGAAGCAACCGCUUCAGGCAGCGGAAAGGCAAGAAGCGGUUCCCCUACAGACGCUCUGUGCUGCCCCCUGCAGGAGCAACCCAGGUAAGGGAGGCUUUGGCCGCAACAGAGCAGCCGAGUAUUCCACUACCCAUCUUUGCUGCCCCUAGCGAAUCUAACCCCCCCCCAUCCUGGUAGGGUGGCAAGGCUUUGCAGGGGCUUUUUCUCGAAGGGAAGCCCUUGCAGAGCCUCACGCCCUCCCAACAUUGUGGGUGCAGCAGCAAGGCGUUUUGCCUCGAGGGCCGAAGUGUCUCGGGGCGCCCCUGAAAACAUUUGUCUUGUCCAAACUUUCUGCUACAAAACAGGCCUCAAGACACCUGCCUUGCACAAAUCAGCUCACGGAAUCCAGACCGACGUGUGCUUCUAUACCACAGUCAGGUGCUUGUGCUUCUCGUGUCUGAAAUCUCAUUGCUUGGUUCCCUUCUUGCCGAUUAACAAACUGGGGGAUGAGUAUAGGUCUAAUGAUGAUUUGGACUACAACCCCCAUCAGCCCCAGAAAUCACGGCCAGUGGUCAAGGACGAUGGGAGUCGUAGUCCAAAACAUCUGGUUGGGGAAGGCUGGCCUACUGAGACUCCCACAUGUUUCUUCUCUUUCUGCAGGGCGAAUGGCUUUUGUUGUUCAACAGUAUCCUGCCUUUCCAGGAGAUCUUGGGCCAAGUGAUGCAGGUGCCCAUCUCCAGCGCUGAGCUCAGAGUCACAGCCAGCACGGAGUCGGUGAGCUGAGUUUUCAGAUACUGUGAGGUGGGGCUGUUGGGCUGCCUUCCCCCCUCCCCUUUAUCAGUUUGGCUUCCUCUUAUGGGUGUGACCAUAGGUGAAUCUGGCAUCGCUCUGCUUUGCGUUGCAGAUUUGCAAGUUCCUGAUCCAGCUGAGCAUGGACUUCAGUUCCUACUACAACCGGGUGCAUAUCCUAGGGGUAAGUGCUCUGGGAGGAGAGUCGCUGGGGUAUACAGUGAGUUGCAAGUCCACACUGCAUCGGCUCAGGCUAUUUCCAUGUAAUGAACACCUGGCCAGAAAGGUGCAUUCGCUACAAGUCAGGUAAACUUGUAAUAGGCUUGUUUUGAAACAUACUGAUCUUGAAUCCUCAAAUCUGGAUUCAAGGCUCGGUUUUUGUAGAGUUGUGAAGCCUAGGGAGUGGCCAGCUUCAGGUUUGUUGGUCCCUGACUUCGUAUGCCAGAAAAGGUCUUGAGCUCUGUCCACCUGCAGACUGCUCCUUAGCAGCUAUUUCGCUCCUCCUUUAAGCCAGGAAACUGAAAUUAACGGUGGUGUCCUGUUGUGUCUGAACUUGGAACUACAGUUAAUGAUUUCCAAAUAAGCCACAAUCUGUAACCCAUCUUUGAGCAGCUUCACAUCUUUGCUUGCUUAGAAACCAUUAAUCAUGGUUUCCUGGUUCGUACAGAACAGGAAACUAUGGUGAACUUUGGCUUCCUUGUUUGUUUAACCAUUUUCAUAAAGGGAAGAGUGAGGUGCAGCUUGGGCAUAACUUGGCAUAUUUUAUUUAUUUCUGAGUCAGGAGGCUGUGUUGGCAUCUUCAGUCACCCAUGCUAAGGCUGUACUAUACCUAGUGGAAAAAAGAAACCCCGCUCUAUUUUAUAUCCUCUGCAUAUAUUUUUUCUGCAAGAAUCGUGAUAAAGAGGAAGGGACGCAGGUGGUGCUGUGGGUUAAACCACAGAGCCUAGGACUUGCCGAUCAGAAGGUCGGCGGUUCGAAUCCCCGUGACGGGGUGAGCUCCCGUUGCUCGGUCCCUGCUCCUGCCAACCUAGCAGUUCAAAAGCACGUCAAAGUGCAAGUAGAUAAAUAGGUACUGCUCCGGUGGGAAGGUAAACGGUGUUUCCGUGCGCUGCUCUGGUUCGCCAGAAGCGGCUUAGUCAUGCUGGCCACAUCACCCGGAAGCUGUACGCCGGCUCCCUCGGCCAAUAAAGCGAGAUGAGCGCCGCAACCCCAGAGUCGGUCACGACGGGACCUAAUGGUCAGGGGUCCCUUUACCUUUAGUUUUGGAGCAGAAGGCUCCAAAGACUUCUGUUCCCACCAUGUGAAGCUCAUUUCUGAAGCUUUGCUAGCUAGAAGCUUCCAUUUAGGAUGUACUAAUAUUUUCAAAACGUUAACUAAGGUGAAGAGGUAGACAAAAGGAUCAGCUUUAUGAGCCUAAACCCACAAGUGUAAUUUGCCUUUCAGUGAGAGUGACAGGCAUCAAUUUAAUAACUCAGAGUCAGCUGAUGCCGUCACUGACACCGCUGUCAUAGCAUAGAACGCUGUCAAUAACAUAAUUUCCAGCACAUUAGCCUUCGUUCCCACGAAAUUCAGGUCUACACACCGCCCUCUGCAUGAUGAAGGGGGCCCUGUUCGUGCGCACUAAUGGAGAAAUGCACCUAUUAAGGGAAGGCACAAACCCGCCACUCAGCCCUCAGAGCAGCGGAGAGUUGCACCAGGCCCCUGUGACGAUCCUGUUUUUGCUCCCAACAGGAACCACGUCCCCACUUAUUCGGUCAGAUGUUUGCCCGGUUGCAGCUGAUGAGAGCAGUGAGAGAAGUGUUCUGCAGUGCCCUGGCCACCCUCCACUUGCCUCCUCUGAGCCAGAUCUGAGCAAGCCUGCAGGGGGUGACUACAGGCAACCUGCCCCAGCCCUCCCAUUGGCCAGCUCUGUUGCGAGGAGCAAUGGACAGCGCAGUCACAUGAUCAAGAAUGGGGAGAGUGCGUGUGGUACUGUUGCUGUUGGACAAUCACCCAUCACAGCUCAGCCUGACCCGGAUACAUGCAAUGUUUUGGACUUGAACCAAAGCGACCUGAGCACAAUGCUGGAGAGGAGAGAGGGCACAGACUUCGCCUACAUUCCGGAUGGUGGGGGCCUGAUGAAAUUCUUUGUGGAGCCAAAGUUGCGACAUUCCAGUUAGGAACAUAUAGGCUAAAAACUCCCCCCCCCGGGGGGGCGGGCAAGCACACAGGUUAAGCACUGUAGUGGCUGCAUUGCUUUUAUCCCUCCCAUUUUGCUCACAGUGGAUCGAAGGCACAACAAAAGCUGGCAUAUGAGCAAUCCAAAAGAAAGCACAGAGGAUGGAUGCAAAUGGUGGUUCACUGGUUGUUUUUAUUCUGUUCUGAGCUGACUGACACCCCAUCUAGGCCACGUCCUACCCACAUACGGAAAAUCUUUGGCACCCGUAUCAGAAAAGAAAGCUUGUAAACGAAGUUGCAUAACCUCACACCAACACAGAUGUCUGUCUGCCGUUUGGGCAGAAGGCAAAGUUGUUGCUUAGAGCAGGUGGGGGUUUGUUGUCCAUGGCAGUUGCAAAGAUUUGCUCUGUGCAUGCCAGGGUGGGCAGAGGCUCCUGUCUGCAGCAUCAGCUUGCAGCUUAGGACAAGGAUAAGGGAGGGAAAGAGGACUCAGAUGUUGCCAGCGUUGGCAAAUUGUCCAGCGUCUCCUGUUAGCAGCUUCAUUGUGGAGCAGCGAGGCAAGCUGAUUGAAUGGGGGCUGUGCGUAUCAUAUUUCUGUGGGCCCCACUAUAACCGGGAGGAUGCUUUUUCCAAGGCUCGAAGCUGAAUUUAGCGUAUCUUCCUGUGAGAGGUGGUGCAAGUUGCCCGUUCCACCCACCGCACCUGGCGGCCGUCCCUCUUGAUUCGCACCCAGCGCCCCACAGGUAGGCCAGGGCUCGCUACUGCAGCUGCUUCAUGAGGAGGCGGAUGAGCUGCUGUCGCUGCACCCAGUACUGGGGGCCCUGAUGUGGAGGCAGCUCAAAGAAGGAGAAGGUGAAAUUGCGGCUGAAGUUGAGGUUGGUGAUGCUGGGCACGGGCGGCAGCUUCACCCCCUGCCACUUGCUCCGGAAGUGCCUGGGCGAGCCUCUGCUCCGGCUUGCCUUCUGCUUCGCCUUGCCUUGGAGCAGCAGGGUCCUCGGCCGCUGCUCCCCUUCGGCCGCCAGCGCCUUCUCUCCGAGGUGGUCUUGGAAGAAGCUGCAGGAGCUGGGAGUUCCUGCUGCCGAGAAAGGGACACUGUGCAAGAAGGACACCACAGGCUUGAAAAGGGCAUGGAAGGAGGUCUCGGACUGAGAGGGCCCAGUCCAGGGCGCCAUGUCAGGAGUGCCCAAAGGGGCUGCUUUGGCGUGGGAGAAGCGGGCAGGGAGGCCUGGCAGCUUCUGGCCUGGUUUCUCUGAGGCGAGAGAAAUGGGAGCAGAGCAAGUGUUAGUGAGGCGCCAGGCAGGAGACUCAAGCCCUGGGCUCAAGUGUCAGCCUGCACCCCUUUCCUCUGAGAAACAGAGGUGCUCCCUGCUCCCUCUGUUCUGGCUUGCAUUCCCCGCAAAGCCCCUUGCCCCUGCAUAUGAUCUCUGUGCCCUCCACAGAGGCCAGGGACCCAAUGGAUGCCCCAACAUUAAGCAGCCCUAGAACCUGCUGCGUUCCCCUCACAGCAGCCCAGCCUCCUUCCAACUACCAGCAAGAGAGCAUUAGCCCAGCGCCAGGCUCUCUGCAAUCCUGCCAGUGGCAGGUGGGACAGUGUCAGACACCAGAGCCUCACCAAAGACCUUGCCUCCUUUGGGAAUCUGGGGAAGAGCCAUCCUGUUUUGCCUUGGGGUUAAAGGAGUCUGGGGAGCAGUUUUAUUCUGGUGCUUGUUUGCAGCUCCUACCUGGACGUGGGGGGGAGGGGAAGAGAUAUAGGAGAUUAAGUUUUGUAGUUCAAUAAAGCAAACAGCAAUCUGU